AUGGACCGUGAUACCGAGACAAACCAACCAGUUCAGGAUAUAUCAGACAAUGCUUUGUCGCCAGCUGCAUUGGCGGAUGUGACCAGCCAAAACCAUUUCUCCCUAAAUACCGUCAUUCCUGACAUCGGGACUUCAUAUACAGGGCUUAUAUUGCGCGACCAUGAUGGCAUAUCAUCAAUUGGCGAUGCAUCGGCAAAUCCAAAUUCCUACGGUCACAGUUCACCAGCUCAAACCAACAAGUCCCACAGUUCUCACGCAUCCGUCGCCAUGGACUUGCGGUCUUCGGGGAUUCGUCGUGUCAGUCUAGAAGACUCGCCCAAUGUGUUGAUAGUGCCUGAUAGCAACAUCAGAAAUGUCAUGGCCGCACUGCCCUCUGCGCAAGCUUUACCGCACAGCAAUCAUCAGGACGACAACUUCCUCCCCCCUCCCUCGGUGGAACGUUAUCUAAGCCAAUUAGCGUGGGACUCCAUGGCCAGAGCCAAGCGGGGCAAACCCGGCAAGGGUAACCCCAAGUCGCGGGAAACGAGGUCCGUCUCCGAGGAGUCCGAGUCUCCGCCAACCACACCUACUCCAGCCCCAAAACCCGCCGCCAAACAUGCACUAUCCGAUAGAGAAACAUCCCCUCAACCGAAGCGCACCAAGCUACCAGAUGGGAGUGACCGGGCGAGUGCAACAAAGCCCGGUUCUAGUUCUGUUGAUGCCCUCUUGGCGGGCAAGGCAGAUGAAUCGGCAAGUGACUUUGACACGGAGGAUGACAGCGAUGAUGGAGAGCAGACGGAGGAACAGGUCAAGGCAGUCAACGACAAAAUCAAAAAAGUUACUAAGAGUGUCAAAAACUUGGCUGAAUUGCGGGGUUUACUACUCCAGCUACCUCCCAACCGCCUUCUAGGCCAACUCAAGUCUUGGACCGCAAUCGUCGCAGCCACGCCAAAUGUGGGCAGUUUGGAUACUCUGAAAAUAUGGCUGCAGAGCGAACUAUUCAAACCUCAUGUUCUGUACCUGUUGAAAGGAUAUAUCCUGCCACAGGAGGUAGACCCCAAACCCCGGACUCGUGGCGAUGAUUUCGAUACUGUUAUGUUCGUUAUUAAGCAAACAGGACGCCACAAGAACCGAAGUUUGCACAAGGCUACCGUUGACCGAUCUACCUGGGAGUACUGUGACUGGGCGGCGUCAGCCUUAGCUCGCGUUUUCGAAGCGAAUGAAUCUGACUGCGAUGGGCUUUUCGAAGGAUCAAAUGUGUCGGAACCACGAAAAUACGUCAUCUAUUUUGCAGCCAUCCGUCAGGCAUUGAACGACGCGUCCAAGUCUCGCCGAUCUCGCUUCUGGAGCAUAAUGGCAAUCACAUCUGAAGAGAAGAGAGAAUUAUUGACUAUAAAGCCAGCAUUAGCCAGUACAGUUGAUGAGCAUUAUGAGGCCCGUGCUGAGGAGCGGACAUUGGUGGUGGAUGCGAAAGACAAGCUCACGAAAAUGAGCCCUAUGGAGAAACAGGAGAUGGCGAAGAAGGCCAAGGCUGAUCGCAAGUCUAUGGCUAAGUCAAGUAUCGUGAAAGAAGCUCCCAAUUCUACUGAAUUGGAGGACAAGACAGACGAUGCACAACAGAUCGAGAAUCUUCUACUCGUUGCCAGUGAUCAAUGGAAAGAGGAAUUAAGGCAGACAAGCUUGGCUUGGAAAGAGUUGAAGCGGACUGCCAAUGACUUCGACCUCAAAGAUCCCUACUGGGCCGACCUCUUCCUCAAGAAAGCUCUUGAUGAGUUAGAUGGUGUCGUGCCUGAUGAUGACGUAGAGGUUCCCUACACACCCGAUCGCAGUUUGACCUUGGCUCCGACCAUGGGCCCGCAGGUGCUAGGUAUUUCACUGGAGGAACCCUUGGACCCCAAGACAUUGCUUCUGCCACAAACCCCCCAAAAGUCUCACAGGGAUCUGUUUCUGGGAACACGAGCGAACGCGACUCCGGUGAAACGUCUUAAUGAAGUGACGGACGAUGGAGCGGGCAUGUACAACAAUUUGGCUACUUUCCUUGAUGAGCGAAAGUUGUGGAAUGCCGAAUUGAAGGCCGCAGACUUCAAUGGGGACAACAAACCGGUCAAUACGGCAGCGGUAUUGAUCGAGCCCAAUGAAAAGAUGCUUGAGGACCUGGCCCAAGUCGAUAAAGCCCUUGACAACCAGAAACUCCAGCGUGAGGACUUAGCAAAGGCCAAGAAAACCUUUCACAUUGACGAGAAUGCAGACAAAUUCAAUGUGUCAGGCAUGAAAAUCAGUAAAGCGCCAACCGACUGGCAGCUAUUGGCUGCUAACGCGAUGUACGACACCUACAAGGAUCCGAAACUAACUGGAAUGCUGAUCGCAGAUGACGUGGGCCUUGGGAAAACCUGGGUUACUAUGACCUUUCUACUCAAGAUUUUCAAGAAGAUAGAAGGCCCUAUACUGGUUGUGGUACCACCGCAUCUCAUUGACCAAUGGGCCGACGAGCUCUAUGAUACUACGUCCGUCUUCAAAAUAUUCGUAUACUAUGGUGAUGGACGGGAAAAGACUAGCAAGGCAGACAUUCAGCUGGUUGAAAAAUUGACCCGCACGCAUGAUAUUUUCUCCAGCAAGAUUCCCGGCAGUAACAUUGUCAUCACAUCAUACCAAACGUUAGUCCAACGUAAUGGUCUCAAAUUGCAACGCGCUUGGAUGGUUGGGAAGGGUUAUCCGGUAGAUCCGCGGGAACAUAUUCUGCCUGCACCUGAUCUCCGCUGGAAUCGUUGUCUAACGGGCAAGUUCGGGGUUAUGGUUCUCGACGAGGUGCAUCAGAUAAGGAAUACUGAUACGCAGACUUUUAAAACCCUGGAGUCUAUGCGAGGUGAUUACAAUGUCCUCCUGUCUGCCACGCCAUCGUUUAAUCACCUGGAUGAUGUCAAAGGCAUGCUGUCCUUCCUCCUCAACCCAGAGAACGACAACUUGUGGGACGAGUUGGCCCCUCCAGAAGACUAUGAUCCGUUUGCAGGUGAUGCAGACCCAAAGUUUCAGCCUCUUUUGUUCACCAAGCGUGGGUUGAACCAGUGGGUGUGGAAGAAAAGGAGUUUAGAAGCCGCAGUCGCUCUCCUGCCAAUCUGGUUCAAGACCGUCAUCAGGCGCACCGUCAAUUCUCAAAUUCCAUUUGAUGGUGGCAAGCGCGUCGGUGAAAACAUCCCACCUGCCAUCCGCCGAGUGGUGACAUGCCGGUUCACUGCCCAAGAGCAGCGCCAAUACAAUCUUUUCGCUGCACCUCCCUUGGCCAAUUUGGUCGAACGCACCAAGGGCGGAGGUUGUGUUUGGCGUAUGGAUCAGUACCGUAUGCUUACUUUGCUUAACAUUUGGCUCGGCACGCAGUAUAUCCACCAGAGUUUGGUCGCCAAGAAAGCCGCUAACCUGGCGGUUAGGCUCGAUAAUGAUGCAUCUCUCGGAAAAUUGCUUGCCCACCGAGUCUUGCAAGGGUCAGUAGAAGUUUUUGAAGAACGGAUCGAAGCGGCGAAGACCAAGGGAGAAGACACUAUGGACCUUGAGGAAGGCAUCCCCAAGGUCCCUAAACAUGCUAAGGGUCUGGAUCGCUUUGCUGCCUUGACCACCAUACUCCAUGGCGCUCCGAAACUCCGGGAGUUGAUGAAGCGCAUUCGUCUGGAAGUGUUUCACCUACAGGAGAAGUCCAUCGUGUGGUGUUCAAACCCGGGUCAACAGUUCCUAGCCGCCGCGGUCCUGAAUUUGGCCAAUGUUUCCUGUAAGGUCUACCAUGCCGAUUUGACUAGUUCCCAGCGUCGCGACCUGCUUACAGCCUUCAAUACUACGGACGAGCCAAUGGUCUUGGUCUGCUCUUAUUACGUUAAUAGUGCGGGCUCUAAUAUGCAACACAAGUGUCGAAAUGUUCAUUUGUUAUGUACUCCGAUGGGAAUGCCCAUCGCAGCACAAGCGAUUGGCCGUGUACGUCGACUUGGACAGAAGGAGACCGUGAAAGUCUAUGAGUACCAUCUUGAAAAGUCGUUCGACCAGCACAUGAUAUGCAAUAACAUUUCGAAGGCGAUGCCUGCCCUCGCCCUAUCGCUCAACGAUACCAACUGGAAACUUCACUUGGAUCCGAAGACCGGUGGUGGUGUGACAAUGGAACCCCGUCUGCUGAAUCGGGACGGUACUAUCUCUGAGUUGGAUAAAGUGUGGUUCCCAUACCUUCAUAGCCACGAUUACGUUACACCAGAGACAUUCCUCACGUUGCUACUAUGUGCCCAGUCAGACUCGAAGGCAUUCAUUCGUCCUAUCGAUCAGGUUCCUGAUGCCAUUGGCCAAUUUGUCGACCAGUUCAGAGCGGAUCAAUUCCCGGAACCUUGUAAGACAGUGUCUGACGUCUAUGCACUUCCUCGGGAUGAACUAGCAGCCUGGUUGCAGACCGUCGCAACUCCUGUUGCAGACAAUAUCCUAGAGGAACCAGCAAAAAAUCUCGAUGAUCUGGUGUGA